AAAUAAUUUGUACUCGAAACCAAGGCCAGACUUCGAAUCGAUACAAGGCCUCCAAUCAAAUCCUACUUAGAUAUGUUGUACCCCAGUUCGUCUCACCUGAAACUGUAAGGUUAUUCCAGGAUUAUUGUUGGAGAUUCAGAUUAUAUAACCUGUUAUCUGUCUGAACCGCCUCUUUUAAUUCACGCCAUUAGACCAUUUUCCAAGUUCUACAUGUUGCGGGACUUCUUUUUCUGUUGACCUACAUUUGAAUAUGUAAUCCGAAUAGUUACAGUUGGUUUAUUAAUCCUCUUGAAAGUUUUGCGAAUAUGUCGUUUUUUGUUUGUUUCGAAAAUGCUUUUAAAGAUUGAACUUUUUAAGUUGAUAUAAGUGAUUGUCGCUGCAACAUUUCAUAAUUUUGUGACCCCUUGAUUUGAUGGAGCGUGAUAAUGUGUUUUUUUCUUGUGGGAGGCCAAGGACGCCAUUUUGGUUUUUAUGUAAUUUCAAUUACAAGAACAGUUAUGUUAACUAAGAACGCCUUUGUUAUUGUUUCCAUAGCGACAAAAAAGUAUGAGUAACAAAACCAGCUUUUUUUUCGAAGGCAUAAAGCUCAUUCGAUUUUAGGCAUUUUAUGGAAAAUACAGAAUUGCAGUUCGGUUUUUGGUUAAUAAGACGUUGUUACGCAUGCCCAUGUCUGGAUUUUUACUGUGAAGAUAUCCCUGGACAUAAUGCAGUAUCGUGGUAUGCUUCGAGACUUUUAUUUGAACAGCUACUGUUUUUUUGAUAGAGGAAAUAUCAAUUCCGAAAUGACGAAUCAUGAACCACCUGGAGUUUUACGUCAUGGGAGUACUGGUAGCACAGGCAGUUUCCGUAGCAACUCUGGAAGCCUUAGCAGUCCGUCUACACCAACUAAUACACCAUUAGUUGUACCACAGCCAGUGAAACCCAAUAAUAUCAACCAUAAACCUGGCAAAACUUAUCAGUGUAAAAUGUGCGACCAGGUAUUUAAUACCAAGUCAGACAUGUUGAUACACAGCCAACAGUUACACAGGCAAGAGACCAAACCAUACAGAUGUCCACAGUGUCAGAAAUGUUUUGCUAAUUCUUCAUAUCUCUCACAACAUAACAGGAUACAUGCUGGCAUCAGGCCAUACAAGUGUGAUAUCUGUGAGCGAAAGUUUACCCAGCUCUCACAUCUACAGCAACACAUCAGAACCCAUACCGGUGAAAAACCAUAUAAAUGUAUGAGUCCUGGUUGUGGUAAAGCCUUCUCUCAGUUGUCCAAUCUUCAGUCGCACUCAAGAUCACACAUGACGGAUAAACCGUUCCGCUGCAACAGCUGUUACAAAUGUUUCACCAGCGAGCAAGGUUUGAGAGAACAUAUCCCGAAACAUUCAGAAACUAAACAUUUGAAAACUCAUAUUUGUCAUCUGUGUGGAAAGUCUUAUACACAGGAAACUUAUCUUACAAGGCAUAUGGGCAAACAUACGCAAGACAAUAAAAUGGGACCCCCACGCUCAAUCAAAACAGAGCCCUCGGAGCAUUCCAUAGAAGCUGAGUUCUGUCGAAUCGCUGAACGCAUCCCAGAUAGGUCUCAAGACGGAUCAGCACAUUGUGGGAAAAUGAAUUCAGCUUUUAUGCCAAUUCCCCAGUUUCCUAGUAAUAUGGUCAGCUCAUCUGGCGGCACAUUUCCUUAUGGAAACAACCAUCUAUCCACUAAUCCAUCGUUACCGCAUAUAUCAUCGAUGACCCCACGGAGUUACAUUGGUCCGUAUGAUCAUUUUAGCUUCCGUAAACCUGAUGCUCAAGAAAGAACUUUCAAUUCAUCUAUAAAUCGACAUGAAAACCAGUUACUGGCCAACAGCCUUUUAAGUCUGCAGUCAAUAAAAAAUUAUGCAUCUCAGCAGAUGCCUUCAUUUACAACGACGGGAAGUGCUAGCGCCUCAAGACUAGCAUAAUAUUAUUGUGAUAGACAUUUUUAGUAGUAGUGUUUGAAUGUAUAACUAUAAAGAUAGAUAUUGUAAUCUUCUUCUUUUACAUGUAUUUUGCUCAUUAGAAUUGGUAUUAUUCAUGAAUGCAUACUUUUUUCUUACAAUCAAAUUCAAUUGUGCCUUGUGGAAAAAUUGAAUAAAUGUUUAAUGCUUCGAAAAACAGAAAUGUUUGAAUUAAUCAUAAAAAUAGGAAACUUGAUGAAAAUUAAUAAGUAUUUUAUAAAAAUUUUGCCUUUUGUUAUUUUAAUUAAAAAAAAUAUAUGUAUUUAAAUUUGGAGCAUUUUUUUUUAAAUAUAUAAGAUACAUUUGAUUUUUUUUUUGCUGGUAUUUCAAAUUAAGAGAAAAGUACUUAUUUAUGAAUGGAUGUCCUUAAAUAUAUUGUAUAAAUUGUUUAACGAUGUUUAUAUUUAUGCGUAUGCCUGUUGACUACAGAUUAUAUAAAGUUUAUAUUAGAUGUAAUUUUUAUUUACAGUAGGUUGACAAUUCUAUUAGUUGUCUUUUUCUAUUGUCUAAAUCAUAAAUGCCACAUCGCUAAGUACUGUUACAAACUUUCAUAUCGUAUGAAAACUGGUUACCGGUACAUUUUUGUAACAUAUGCCACCAUCGGUACAUGUGAAUAACAAGUUAAAAUCUAUCAAAAUACAUUCAAUAUGAUUGAUUAUUUAUCAUAUUAUUCUAUUUUGAUGCUGUUUUAAAUAAUAUUACCUGAAAAGUUCUGUACUGAAUGAAGGGUUAAAAAGUAAGAAAACUUAUGGACCUGCAUAUAUGGUUAAUGCACAGAUUUUUUACAUGUCCCAUUCCAAACAUUGCCUAGUUUGGGGGCUCCAGGCCCCUCUUUUUCAAAAUCCUGUAUCCACAUCUGAUAAUGUAAUUUUCGCCUAUUAAACAGGUUCUUCAAGAAGACUGUUUGACUUAAAUGUGGACUUUUUUCCCAUUAAAUAUACAAAACUACAGAUUUAAAGAAGUUUUUAGAGGAAAAUAAGUCAAAAGUACUAUAAAAAAUUACAUAAUCUUAUAAAAGUAACAUUUAUUUAAUUUUAUAAUUUACAGGUUAAUAAAUACUACAUUAUGUAGGACUUUAUCAUAAUUGAUAUGUCUAUUCUGUCAAUUUUUGUUUGAUGUUUUUUAAAAAACCCUAAUGUACCCAAACAUGGACCAGUUUAAUAUUCAGAUGAAAUCAAAAGUGCAAUAAUUUUAAUGAAAAGGUUAUAUGUAAAACAAAAUGGGAGUUCAUUGUAAGUGCACGGGAAACAGCUUGGGUUCUAUACUGUAAUAUUUUCCAUUUUCUGAAUAAAUUAACAUCUCUAAUAGAUAAGAAAGCAACACAUGGGGCUUCUUUAAAUAUGUGUAAGCUUUUAUCAGAAUAAAAAAUAUGUUCAUUCCCACUUAUAAAAUAUAAAUUGAAUUAACAAGUAGGUUUUGAAAAUGGAGGGAGUGAAAAAAGAUGUAUUACAUUCAAGUUUUUUUUAAAACUUUUUUUAUGUUAUAAAGUGAUAUGAAACUUAAAAUUUAAAAAAAAGUUAAAAAUGUUUUAUAUACUUGAAAGUCUAAGUUUUACUAUAAAACAAGUGUAUGCAAAGUUUCUUGUAAAAGAAAUCCUUUAUAGUCUCUGGUUGGUCUUUAAUAUUUGUACCAUGACCUUGGCUCCUCAACCUUUUAAAGAACCAUGUUCAUAUCUACUUUUAACACCUUUUUUCCUCAAACAUUUUAGGUGAUAAGUAAAUUUGUAAUUUAUAUACCAUUGAAAUUUUCUCAAGUUAAUAUAUGAACAGCAUUGUCGUCAUAAGUCACCUAUUUACACUGUUUUGACGGAUUAUUGCUUCUUAGUCAUUUAGAACAAGAGGCCUACAUGGUACAGUUAUAAAUGUUUUUAAAAAAAAUCCUCUAAAAAAUUAGUUGAAAAUGAUUUUAUUGUGACAAGCAUUGUAUACAUUUUAUCAAAGCAUUUAGGGGUCCCUGUAAAAAGGGGUGAAGUACAAGAUCAAUGCAUUUUUUCACUUUGAAUUUAGUCUGGAAUACACAUUUGAUAUAACCUAGCUUUACCAUUGCUGAAAAAAAUUACACAGUCAAAAGGUGAUAGAAAAGUUAAAUACUGCUAAUGCUUGGUUGCAAGACUUUUAUCAUUCUGCGCUAUGUAUGGCGCAGAUAACAAUGAAGAAGAAAAAAAUCAGUUAAUUGAUUGAUUAAUUAAAUUGCAGACUAAAUAAGUAAAUUCUUUUUACAAAUUUUUACUAUUAAGAUGUGGCAUUUAAUUUCUAAAUGGUUUUGAUCUGUUGAUAUAUAUGUAUAUAUCCUGUAAAUAUUUUGCCUAUAAAUUUAUAGUCUAUGAGACAAAUUGUGAAUUUUUUCUGAGUGUUCUUAUUAUAAUUCAUUCCGUUAUGAAUUUGUAUGUCAUCACAAGUCUUAUUUUUUUUUAGGCACCUAUUACAAGAAUGAUUAUGGAAUUAUAAUUGAAUUAUUUUGGAAUAAUUAUGGAAUUCUUAUGGACUUAUAAUGGAAUUCUUAUUGAAUUCUUAUGGAAUUAUAAUGGAAUUCUUAUUGAAUUCUUAUGGAAUUAUAAUGGAAUUCAUAUGGAAUUAUUAUAGAAUGAUUAUGUACAGUUACAUACCAAUUUUAAGUUACUAAAUAAAAAUAGCUCUUCAUAAAUUGUGUGCGUCAUAAAUAUUUUUCUGGGUUAAUCCUCAUCAGGAAUACUCAAAAUUUUGAUAUACAAAUAAAUUAAAAGUUGUCCCUUCAGGGCUUGGCUUCUUUGAAACAGGUUAGUUGUAUGGUGCAGUCUUCCUUCCUGUAAAAUUAAGAGUAAAACAGUACAAAAGAUUUAUGAAUGAAAUCCAGUAUCCAAAUAAACUGCAUUAUACAUAUUUAAAUUGUGAUUUUACUAAAUGUUUAAGGUUUUUUAAAUGUCACCUUUACUAAAUAAAACAUAUUUUUUACAUGUUAUCUUUCUCGCAUGAUUUUGCCUCAUGUAAAAAAGAUUAAAAGAGUUAAAAGAAAAUCAACAGCCAUAUACUUUUAACAUUUUCAUUAUAGUAUUACAAAUUUGCCAUUUCAGAAUCUAAUGCAUUCUGGGUAAUGUUUUCAAAAGCGUACACCAAAACACUGUGAUUGGCAUACAACGUCCCAAAGAAUGAAAAUUCAACCAAUGACAUGACAUUGUUUUCAUAUUGGGGUACGAAUAAUUAAAUUAUCCAUGAUCCUUUACAUUCUGAAACAGCAAAUUAUAGUUCAUAUAUCAAAUUAUGUACAAGUAGCACUAACAGUAACAAUUACAGUUAUAUUUCUGUAGAGGGGAAAGUAAGUUUAUAAAGAUCUACUUUUAUCCUUUAAUUUUUAAAGAACAAAUGUUAUUUUCAAAUUGUGACUUGUUUCAAAAUGCAAAUACAGAAACUAGAAGCAGUAUUAAAUGUUAUUAUUGUAAAUGUUUUUUGUACUUUGCUGAGUGAUAAUGCAGAGUCAUCAAUUGGUAAACUAAGUGUAAUAUACCAGUCCAGAAUCUAAUGCAUUCUGGGUAAUUUUAUAAAAAGUGUACCAGAAACGGUGUGAUUGGUCAAAAACGUCCUAAACAAUGGAUAUUCAGCCAAUGAUGUGAAUAAAAUUUCAUUUUGGGGUACAAAUGCCCCCUGAUUAUUAUUGGUGGCCUGUGUUCCAAUAAAUUUUCAGAGCAACUCAAAGAGUUUUUAUCAGUACAGUUGGCAGACUAAAAUUUGAUUCAAUAAGAUACACCGCUUACAUUUUAAUUACUAACAAAAAAUGAAAUUUGAUUGGUAGUAAUUAAUAAAAAAAAAUAUUUAUACAGAAAAAAAUCCAGAAUUUUAUUUGUAGUGCUAUAAUUGAUGUGAUGAUUGCAUUAUUUAAUAAUAAUGUCAUGUAUUUGUUUAUCCAUAAUGCAACAUUCUAGAUGGUGCUAUCAUUAUAUAACUUUUCAGUACUUUUAUUACUCGCAUUUCAUUGUUUAGGUUGUUCGCUUUUGUUAAAAACUUAAAUUGGUGCAUUUAUGAAAUCAAAACUUUUUAUAAGUUUAUUCAUUGUCUUGUGUAUAUAUAUAUAUAUAUAUGUGUGUAAUUUUGCAUUGUUGGGGUCACAAAUGUACAAAAAAAUAGAACAUAUAGAUAGAAAAAAAUAACUUUGUAUUUUUUUUCUUUUCAGAGCAAUUACACUUUAUUUUAAUAAACUUUUUUUUUGAACUUUUUUUACUCAUGUAAAAUUGAGCCACAAUUAGAUAAUUCCGAGGAUAAGAUUGCUGAAUAUGCCAAUAAGUUCUGCAUUUUGGAUGAUUUGUUUUGAUUUGAUAUUAUAUUAUUUUUGAAAGUGUUUGGCAGUUUGCAAUUGUGUCUGACUUUUUAAAAACAUUUUUAGCAUAAUGUCAGAUAAUAAAAUCAGGAAAGUUGGUGAAUUCUAAAAAAAAAACAAAAAAAAUAUUAAAAACGAUUGUUAUAAAGAUGCCUAAAGGAAGCCUCUCUCGAUUUAUGAAAUUAUGGUUGCCUCUGUCCUCUGGGCUCUCGAUCAUGCUCGAGGUGUACAAAACGUGUGCUCGAAACACCAAAUCAAGUAUUUUAAUUGAUUGAUUUCUGAGUUUGAGUAUGAAUAUCUAGCUCAAAAUUUUUAUGACCACAAGGCCUGGGCUAGGAAAUAUGGUGUUUUUUAAGUAGGUUUCUUAUAAUUUUGAAAUGAGUAACUGUUAAUUUGAAUAUUCAAGCAUCUUUAAUAUUAUUAGCUGUAGAAUAAUGAGUUACUAUAUAGAUAUAAGAUAUACAUUAUUUGGGCAUUUGCUGCAGCUUAAGGGUAUGAAAUCUUAUUUUUAAUUAAUUCAUCAUUUUCAUCAUUACUCACAUGCAAGUAGAAAAUUAAAAAUUAGAAUAGAUAAAUUUUCUUCUUACAUACCAAUUAGUUUCUGAAAAAGACUAAUUCUCUUUAAGUUUUCAUUUCAACAAAUUUUUCCUAAAAAUCUAAAAAAACAGUACCAACAAAACUUUUUGUGAAAGGAAGAGUAUAAUUAAAUAUACUUUUGAAAUAUGAGUCUGUAAUAGAAACAUAUUUAAAAAGAUGUCUUUGGGUUUUAUUUUAUGUUGUUGGGUUGCUGUAUCAUUGAUGAUCUACAUAUCCUUUAUUCAUUUUUUUUUUUGAGAUAUUAAUUGUAAUUUUCAUCAUGCAUAAUUGUCUAUAUUUUUUCAUCAUGUUUUUUCAUUCUCUUUGCAGGAAAGGGGAGAUAAUCAAACAGCAAUUUCAUUCAUUAUGAAUUAAUUAUCUCAAUAUUGUUUAUUUAAGACAACCUCCAAACUUUUACAUAAUUUAUACAAAAAAGUCCCUAUAUUUCAGCCAUAUUGUUUUGUAAUGGGGAAGACAGGCAAUAUUUUUUUAAAACUUUUCUUUUUUAUCAGAAUGGUUGACAUUUUCUGUUUUAUAUUUUUUUUAUAUAAUUAUUGUUAGGGCUAAAAGGGAUAAAAGUUAUAUAUUUUCAAAAUAAAAUCACCAUUAAACUACUUAUAGAAGCAUCCCCUCUAUUUAGUUGAAGAGUGUCUCAAGUGUAACUGCACUUCAUCCUUGAUCAUGAAUAAUAAUAAUAUCAUAAUAUCAUAAUUGUUGAAAUUUUGUUGUAAAUAUUAUAUACUGGUAGAUAUAUAUGUAUUGGUGUAUUACUGCUUGAUAUUUUUUGGCUAAACAGUUGCCAUAGCAACUCUAAAAUAUUGAUUAUAGUGUAUUGUGACCAAUGCUUAAAAGGCUUCAAGUCAAUGUAAUAAUAAAGCUGUCUUGCUUUG